GAGAGAAGCAGAAUGUGUGCAGAAGCAGCCUGAGAUUGGGACCCACCCAAUCUCAGAGUAGGAGCUGUCCAGCGCGGGCCUCUGCUCCUCCCUCUCCCUUUCAUGUAAGGAGCUGUCUAGAUCCUCUCAGGAGCCAGCCUUCCUCCCUUGGCUGUGCAGCUCAGAGCAGUCAGGAUCCCCACAGUGGUGCAGUGCCAUCGCCUCCCCGGUUGUGCUCAUCCUGAGCUCCGGGCCUCCAUCUCCAGCGAGUGAGCCCAGAGUACGGCAGAAGCCCUCUGCUUUUGGACAGAGCUUCAGCCAUGCCGGCUGCCGGGCUCUGCUUAGAAACAGCUGGAGAAUGGUUCCUCCCCCUGGAUGCAGUUACGGCGUGGUCAAACCCAUCUGAAAAAUAAAAGCAGAGUUCUUUGCUGAGUCACGGAAGCUCCAGAGCUGAUUUGCACACGCCAAGCUGAGUCUGGGCAAACAGAGAGAGUCCCAGCAUCUAGAUGAGAGAUGGGCAAAGAGCAGAACCUGAGGCUUGAGACUGUGAGUGAGAAAAUGUAGCGGAGCGACACCUGCCAAGAGCUUGGCGUGGAUACCCUGGCCCAGACGGAGCAGCUGCCCCUGGGCGUUUUUCUGGCCAUCCAGCCUCACCAUGUCAAAGAAGGGCGCGGGCAGCCGGGCCAAGGGAGACAAAGCGGAGGCACUCGCUGCAUUGCAGGCUGCCAACGAGGAGCUACGAGCCAAGCUCACGGAUAUCCAGAUUGAGCUACAGCAGGAGAAAAGCAAGGUCAGCAAAGUGGAACGGGAGAAGAGCCAGGAGCUGAAGCAGGUGCGCGAACACGAGCAGCGAAAGCACGCGGUCCUGGUCACUGAGCUCAAGACCAAGCUGCACGAGGAGAAGAUGAAGGAGCUGCAGGCAGUGCGGGAGGCGCUGUUAAGGCAGCACGAGGCCGAGCUGCUGAGGGUCAUCAAGAUUAAGGACAACGAGAACCAGCGGCUGCAGGCGCUUCUCAACACCCUGCGGGAUGGCGCGCCUGACAAGGUGAAGACGGUGCUCCUGUGCGAGGCUAAGGAAGAGGCCAAGAAGGGCUUUGAGGUCGAGAAGGUCAAGAUGCAGCAAGAGAUCUCAGAGCUCAAGGGGGCCAAAAAGCAGGUGGAGGAGGCUCUGACCAUGGUCAUCCAGGCUGACAAGAUCAAGGCCGCGGAGAUCAGGAGUGUCUACCAUCUGCACCAAGAAGAAAUCGUCCGCAUCAAGAAGGAGUGUGAGCGUGAGAUCCGCAGGCUGAUGGAGGAGAUAAGAUUUAAAGACAGAGCAGUCUUCGUGCUGGAAAGAGAGUUAGGGGUUCAAGCCGGGCAUGCCCAGAGACUGCAGCUCCAGAAAGAGGCUCUAGAUGAGCAACUUUCCCAGGCCAAAGAGGCUGAGCGGCACCCAGGCAGCCCCAGACGGGAACUUCCUUAUGCAAGCGGUGCAGGAGACGCCUCAGACCACUCAGGAAGCCCUGAACAGCAGUUGGACGAAAAGGAUGCCAGGCGCUUCCAACUUAAAAUCGCUGAGUUAAGCGCCAUCAUUCGUAAACUGGAAGACCGCAAUGCCUUGCUGUCGGAAGAAAGGAAUGAGCUGCUAAAGCGGUUGAGAGAAGCUGAAAGUCAGUACAAGCCGCUGCUGGAUAAAAACAAGCGUCUGACCCGGAAGAACGAAGACUUGUCUCACACUCUGCGGCGCAUAGAGAGCAAGUUGAAGUUUGUUACUCAGGAGAACAUAGAAAUGAGGCAGAAAGCCGGAAUCAUCCGGAGACCCAGCUCCUUAAACGACCUUGAUCAAAGUCAAGAUGAGAGAGAGAUCGACUUCCUGAAGCUCCAGAUUGUGGAGCAGCAGAAUCUCAUUGAUGAACUUUCCAAGACCCUGGAGACAGCAGGCUAUGUGAAGAGUGUGUUGGAGCGUGAUAAGCUGUUGCGGUAUCGGAAACAAAGAAAGAAAAUGGCGAAACUCCCCAAGAAGCCGGUUGUUGUGGAGACCUUCUUUGGCUAUGAUGAAGAAGCUUCCUUGGAAUCCGAUGGCUCUUCCAUUUCUUAUCAAACCGACAGGACAGACCAGACCCCAUGCACCCCUGAAGAUGACCUGGAAGAGGGUAUGGCCAAGGAAGAGACGGAGCUGAGGUUCCGGCAGCUGACCAUGGAGUACCAGGCAUUGCAGCGAGCUUAUGCCUUGCUGCAGGAACAAGUCGGCGGGACACUGGAUGCAGAGCGAGAAGUUAAGACCCGUGAGCAGCUGCAAGCAGAAAUCCAGAGAGCACAGACCUGGGUGGAAGACCUGGAAAAGGCAUUGGCUGAGCAGGGGCAGGAUAUGAAGUGGAUUGAGGAGAAGCAAGCGCUGUACCGAAGGAACCAAGAGCUUGUAGAAAAGAUAAAACAAAUGGAGACGGAGGAGGCCCGGCUGAAACACGAGGUCCAGGAUGCAAAGGACCAGAAUGAACUGCUGGAAUUCAGGAUCCUGGAGCUUGAGGAGAGGGAGAGGAAGUCACCUGCCAUCAACUUCCACCAUACGCCUUUUGUGGAUGGGAAGAGCCCCCUGCAGGUGUACUGUGAGGCCGAAGGUGUAACGGACAUCCUGGUCACGGAGCUGAUGAAGAAGCUGGACAUCCUGGGGGAUAACGCCGUAAGUAAUCUGACCAAUGAGGAACAAGUGGUUGUCAUUCAAGCCAGGACAGUCCUAACCCUGGCAGAAAAGUGGCUCCAGAGGAUUGAAGAGACAGAGUCAGCGCUACAGCGGAAAAUGGUAGACCUGGAGAGUGAGAAGGAGCUGUUCAGCAAGCAGAAAGGCUACCUGGAUGAGGAGUUGGACUACAGGAAGCAGGCACUGGACCAAGCCCACAAGCACAUCCUCGAGCUGGAAGCCAUGUUGUAUGAUGCCCUGCAGCAGGAAGCCGGGGCCAAAGUGGCUGAGCUGCUGUCAGAAGAGGAGCGUGAGAAGCUCAAGGUGGCAGUGGAGCAGUGGAAGCGGCAGGUCAUGAGCGAGCUACGUGAGCGCGAUGCCCAGAUCCUGAGGGAGCGCAUGGAGUUGCUGCAGAUUGCACAGCAGAGAAUAAAAGAGUUAGAGGAAAGAAUAGAAACCCAGAAGAGACAAAUAAAGGAGCUGGAAGAAAAGUUUUUAUUUUUGUUCUUGUUUUUCUCCCUAGCUUUCAUUCUCUGGUCAUAGCUGUUCUGGGCACUCUGAACUGUCCUCGGCAAAGGCAGACCUUUGUCCUCCAGCAGGACCAGAGAGCGGCAGGUGCCGAAGGAAGCAGGAGAAACUGGAUCUCAACACUGAAGACUCGGAAGGGUUUGGGCUCUGUGCCCUGCCCUGCGGAGGAUGAGGGCAAAAACACUGUGAGCUGCAGUCACUGUCCCCCGGAGUGACAGGACUAGAACCUGUCUUGCUGAGUAGCGCUUCUCUAGGGGAGGCCUAGCCUUGGCUACUGAGUCCUGGGGACCUUCAGCCCCGAGAGUAGGCCUCCUCCCAAUCACAGCGAUGUGUAACGUUCCCUGCCAUGCAGGGGUCAGAACUGCUCCUGUACUGGAGCCCACACUGGACACCCCCCUUGUUCCCAUAGUGACCAUCAAUACCCUUGGAAGAAGAUCUCAGAACUGCCCAGACUUGCCCCUAAUGGCAAGAUGAAGGCUGUGGUCGCCGUGGUGACCUAGGAGGGUUCCCUGUGACACCCUGAGUGUCACACUGAAAUCAUUCACUGUGGUCCUGAACACUUGCUGAUGGACAGAUUCCUUGCCCAACCUUGUUCUGUUACAUUGGCAUCUCUGUGAGGACAGCUCAGAAUUGUGACACCCCCCCACACACACACACACUGGCCUCCUACCCUACCCCCAGGCACAAAGGCUAGAAUCCUAUCCCAGUCUGCUGGCUAGAAGCUCAGUGGAAUGACCAGAGGAAGAGGCCAAGGGGCAUAUGAGGCCUGGGCUGGAAGAAUGAGGAUCAACGCACAGCCCCGACAUAGUGGAGGCAUGGCCCUCCUGGCCAGGAAGACCCUCAGCCCGUGGGCCUAGCCAAGAACUGCAGGUGGCAAGGGCAGGUGGUGAUGGUGGCUGAGAAUGGCUUCAUCCAGAGCCUGUGCACACAAGAAGCCGGGUCCGAGAGAGAAGGUGAAGAUAAGAUAAACCAAAAGUUCCAUGAACCUCAGAAGGCAGCCACCGCACAAUGGCCUACAGAGAGAAAGCAGUGCACCUAUGAGGACCGUUCAAGUGAGAUUUCCAUUAUUCUCGAUGGGCCAUCCACAGUCCAGGAAAGUCUUCCCUUGUGUGGACCAGAAUGCAUCUCUGACUGGAGGAGGCCCCUUCUGUCCUCAUCACACCCUUGAUAGUCUAAGGUUGUCACCCUCUGUGCUGAAGUUAGGAUGGAGAGUGUGCUUGCUCAGUGGAAGGUCGGUGAAUGGAUUAGAGCCCUUUCAAAGCACCUAGAAGUUGAUUGCCCUGGAUGGCGAGCUAUGCGGCCAGGUGUGACUGCUGCAUUCAGUGCUGUAUAUUCCAAAGCCCAGUAGGCAGGGGGAGGAAUGAGAAGGUUGUCUGAAAGUAUCAAGUUCAUUUUAUAUUUGUGUCAGGAGAAAUGAUGCGGUGUGGUGCAGAUGACCGAGUGGUUAUAGACCCCUAGGUCAAAAUCAGAGGAGAGCUUACAGGAUCGGACACAUAGGCCUUUUCUUCAGUGGCUGCAGGAUUUCUGCUGGGAAAUGCACUAAGUGCACUUGGUCCUUCCUGUUGUCAUUCAUGCCAUAGUUUCUGAUGCACUUGGACAAGGUUCUAACCCAGUGAUUGCUUCCCUAGCUGAGUCUGACAUUGGGUUUGGUCUUUGAGUCUGAAAUCUUCAGUCCCGAGUUCAAGGUAUUGUCUGAUUUAAAUGGCUGCCUUCUCUUGGUCCAUUUGCUGUACUCAGCACUGAAUGGCAAGAAUAGCCUAUAUUGGUGAUGCUGCCAGAUCUGUAGGUGAGAGAAACCACUGGGUUAGAGACUGAUGGACUGUGUAAUACAGGCAUCUAGAAACUGUCUCAGUUCCGUGUAGCUCCCUGCCUACCAGAGCUCCUGGCCCAGCUCCAAGUGAACCUGCAAGAGACCAGUAGUUGAUUGGGAACAAAAAAAAAAUUGCACUGGAAACUCAACCCACCUCACAUCCCUCUGUUUCAGUUGGAUCAUGGCUUUGCAUGUUGUGUGCGUGUCUGAAAUAACUUAAUAAUAACCCUGACACUCUAAAUCACAGGUCUGGGAACUUCGGUAUUUAAUGUUGUUUGUUUUAAAGAAAGACUCUUCAAGAAAGAGAGGCAUGUAAAUAGGUACCAGUGCCCAUGACGUCAUUAUUGUUUAUGUGUAAAGUAUAUGUACAUAGAAAGGAAAAUGGCUCCAUGAAUGUUGGGUGAUAUCCCACAAACCAAACUGCAUUUCCACCCAGCUGUAUUCCGGAAAGCACAUGAUUAGCUGGACGGCUGUACUCGCUUUAGAUCUCAUUGUGGUUACUCACGUGUCAUAAGCACCUUCUUGUCACAUGAUCCCAAGGUCGGAUCUGAACUUUGGGUGCGUGUGUGGAGGUGUACAUGUGAGCCUUAGUGACCAAUUCUUGCUGCCAGUGAGCAUCUUGAAGAGCUCUUGCAUUCAAAAGUGAGGUGCAUUUUCUAAACCCCAGGCUGAACCUUUUACCCCAAGCACUGGGUUAGCUGGGAUUCCCUCCUACAUGUGAGCCCUUGCUCUUAGCUCCUACGAGAGGACAUCUGUGUGCAAUGGCAAGAAGAGGGACCCUGACGUGUCCCCCAGGAGCUCAAACGGUGUCACUGAGGUGUGGGCCUUGACUUCGUGUUGCAUUAAGUAGUCAGCCCGCUCACUCUGUGUGUGCACGACCCAGAACAACAUAAGCAUUUUUGUUCGUCUAAACUAGGAAUCCACGUAAACCACAGAGUCCUUUGUGAAUAGCCACGUGGUGUCUACUUCGUAUCCAUGGUCUAACGUUCUGUUGCUGAAGGCCUACGGCUGUGACUUAAGUCUCUGCCCUCGCAGACUCUGUAGCCUUCAGGAAACCCGAGUGCCUUACACGGCUCGUAAACACCACCUGGGAGUCAGGAGGGACGGUGGGGAGUGGCUUCGAGGCACUGAUAGUUGGUCAGCUCUUGCCAUCACUCCGUCAUUGAACCCUUACGGUGGGUUGUGUUAUUACACAGUGAUGGAUUUAAGUUUAGGCUCAGGAAAAUCGUAUUGUGAAUAUAUGUAUCAAAGCAUAUAUUUAUUGUAUCUUUUCUAAAAAGCUUUAUUGUAAACUUAUGCAAAAAGGAGCAGAACUUGGUUUCUCAUGGCAAAGUGCCAGGCAGUAUUUGUGUUCAAUGAAGCGAUCCUUAACACCCCCUCUCUAAACACGUGACCUUUCCGUUCAGUGCUAAACAGUAUUCCCAGGCUUAAACUAGGUUUGUAUGGUGGUCAAUUAUAAAUUUUACACAUAUUUUUGUAUUGUGGUUCCUAUAUAUAUAUAUAUACCAGAGAAUUUUUACUUAUUUGUAAAUUAUUGUACAGUUUUAAUAAAACCUGUUUUAAAUCCUAGCU